AUGCCGGCCCGUCUGGAGACCUGCCUGUCGGACCUCGACUGCGCCAGCAGCGGCAGUAGCAGCAUCAGCAGCGAUCUGUCCGGCUUCCUCACCGACGAAGACGACUGUGCCAGACUUCAGCAGCCAGCCUCGGCUUCGGGACCGUCCGCGCCGGCCCGCAGGGGCGUGUCGGGGGUCUCCGGGACGGCAGUCGUUCCGGGCGCUCAGGACCACGAGCAGGAGCGGCGUCGGCGUCGCGGUCGCGCGCGCGUGCGCUCCGAGGCGCUGUUGCAUUCGCUGCGCAGGAGCCGGCGCGUCAAGGCCAACGACCGCGAGCGCAACCGCAUGCACAACCUGAACGCCGCGCUGGACGCGCUGCGCAGUGUGCUGCCAUCCUUCCCCGACGACACCAAGCUCACCAAGAUCGAGACGCUGCGGUUCGCCUACAACUACAUCUGGGCCCUGGCCGAGACCCUGCGCUUGGCAGAUCAAGGGCUGACCGGGGGCAGCGCCCGGGAGCGCCUCCUGCAGCCGCACUGCGCCCCCUGCCUCCCCGGACCCCCGAGCCCCGCCAGUGACGCUGAGUCCUGGGGCUCGGCGGCCGCGUCCUCCCCCUGCGCCGCAGCCGCCUCGCCGCUCUCAGACCCCAGUAGUCCCGCCGCCUCCGAAGACUUCGCCUACGGCCCCGGCGACUCUCUCUUCUCCUUCCCCAAUCUUCCCAAGGACUUCCUGCACACGACGCCCUGCUUCGUUCCUUACCACUAG